AUGGAGAGUUCGCUUGAACAGCGAUACGCCAUCAAGUUUUGCGUGAAGCUUCGAAAGAAUGCAACCGAAACAUUCCAGAUGCUUCAAGAGGCCUUCAAGGACGACUGCAUUUCAAGGUCACAGUCCGGGAGGUGGCACAAGGCGUUCAAGGAGGGCCAGGAGGAGGUCGCCGACGAACCCCGUUCUGGACGCCCAAAAACGGCCAGAACCGACGAAAACGUGGAUCGUAUGUGCAAAGUUUUAUGUUCCGACCGUCGAUUGAGCAUCCAGCAAAUUGCUGACACCCUACACAUGUCCACAUUUGCGGUACAUGGGAUAGUGACCGAGGAUCUGUAA